AUGACUCAUAUACUGUCACUCAUUCUCUUGCUUUUCGUUGUGGUUUCUUUACAUGUUAAUGUCAUAGCUCAAGAAAACGAGCCCAAUAUUAUCCUACCAGGUUCUAUUCUAUAUGCCGGAAAACACCCGAGAUCAUGGCCCUCACCUUCAGGCCACUUUGAAUUUGGUUUCUAUCGGCAAGACAGUGGAUAUGCUGCAGGAAUUUGGCUUCUCGGCCGCCCGGAAAACACCACUGUCUGGAAUGCAAAUCGGGAUGAUCCGCCGGUCUCCGCAAGUUCUACUUUGCAGUUCACAGCAGAAGGCACGUUGCUUUUGAGGACUGAGAACGGUGCACAGAAAAUAAUUGCGAACACUUCUAGCUCGGGGUCUGUUGAUUCAGCUUGUAUGCUGGACAUGGGGAAUUUCGUGCUCUACCAGAACAGGUCUGUUGUUUGGGAGAGCUUUGAUUUCCCGACCGACACAAUCUUAGGAGGCCAGAAUUUAAGAAGUGACCAGUUGAUUUCCAGAGUGUCAAGAUCAAACUACGCCCGUGACCAGAAUUUAAGAAGAGAUCAUAACCGGUUGAUUUCCGGUGUGUCAAGAUCAAACUACGCCGGUCGCCAGAAUUUAAGAAGAGAUCAUAACCAGGUGAUUUCCAGUGUGUCAAGAUCAAACCACGCCGGUGGCCAGUUUUUGCUGAGCAUGCAGACUGAUGGUAACCUUGUAGCCUAUGUAAAUAAUUCUGCCGAACUUGAUACUAAUGACGCAUACUGGUCUACUCGUACUAAUGGCUAUCCUUUCGCUGUGUUAAAUCUCAACACGAGAGGCGUUCUAACAAUGUCUUCAGAAUCAGAUCACUACGGAGAAAGGCUUGUGGCGAAUGGCUCUACAACUGGGAACCAAACGAUGAUCAUCUAUAGAGCAAGCCUUGAUCCUAACGGAAUUUUCAGACUGUACUCCCAUCAACUUGAAAAAAAUACCAUCACAAACAUUUGGCAGAAUGUGGAUGAUGCAUGUGAUGUUAAUGGUCACUGUGGGUUGAACAGCUACUGCUCCAGUAAGGGUGACUAUUUCGGGUGCUAUUGCUAUCCUGGUUUCACCUUAGAGAACACCAAAAUCCCGAGCUGCUCUCAGAAUUUUACCGUGGAUGGGUGCGAGUCAAGGAAAGAUCUAUUGAUACAGUACAUCACUACGCUGGAGAAUAUGGAGUGGGCUGGUGAUCCUUAUUCUGUGAAGCAUAAUUUGGACAAGGAAGAGUGUAAGAAAGCUUGCGAGGAGGAAUGCUCCUGUGGUGGGGUUCUCUAUUCUAUCCCAGACUGCAACAUGUUUAGACUACCGCUCAAAUAUGGUAAAAGACAUGAAAAUAUAAACACCACAGCCUUCAUCAAGGUGAUUGUCGGUUCCUCAUCUGAAAUCAGGCCAACAUUGAUAAACGAAUCAAACCGAAGCCUGAUUUUAACCGUGGGAUUAAGUCUGGGUUCCGUUGCAAGCUUGCUUUCGUGA